AAUCGAAAUGUGAUGGAACUAAGAUUUUUGCCAAACACCACACAAACGACACCCUCAACAACAUCACAUCAUAGUGACGAGCAACUAAAUAGUGACGAUACACAACAACAAAUACAACAACAUCGCUCGUCAUCAUCAUGCGAGACACUGGAAGCGAGUGAAGGUAUCACAACUACUACAAACACAACAACAACUAACACACAAACUACCAACAAUAAACAUUGUAAUGGAGUGAUUGAUACAAAUUCUCCACUCUCCAAACCGUUACCACCAUUACCAACAAAAACAAAUCAAAAUGUCUCCACUAACUGUAACAAUACAACAAAUGCAGCUGCUAAAUCGAACCAUACAACCCCAACAGCUAAAACAAACUUACAUACUCAUCUUGGUUCACAUCAAGGAAUACAUCACGCUCAACCUUAUCAUCAAACUUCAACACCGGGUACUCCUUCGAUGUUACACAAACGUGAAUAUCAACCACAUCACAAUCACAACAAUCAUCAGCCUCCACCAGUACCACCACAUCAGAAUAACAAUCAUCACUUGCACAAUCCAUAUCACCAGUCAACUACACCGCACACAACGCCGGCUAUGGAGCAGCAUCGUCGCACUUUAGAACGCAGCGCACGCAAUUUACACUAUCAAAUGCCACCAAAUACACAAACCUCGCCGCAUGACUCUUCCAUGAAUAUUGAGGGCCUCCCGACACGUAUACCCUCGCUGCGACGCACAAGACGUACUUCGGGCAAUGCAAACAAUAACAAUGGCGGCGUGGGUAUACCCAUCGUACCGGGCAGUCCGCGUGUUCAACGCUCUCCAAUGCCAGCGCGCGCCAUGAUCAAACGCAACAGGCUGGGUAGUCACAAUGACAACAUUUCGUCGGGCAGUCUCAACAGUAUUGAAGUGUGAAUUUAUUUCUAAAGCAGGUUUAGGUAUAGGCUUAGGCGUAGGCGUAGGCGUAGGCGUAGGCGUAGGCGUAGGUGUAGGUGUAGUUAUAGGCGUAAGCAGUGCAAGCAAUAUAAGCUCAGUAUUUACUUGAGGCGAGACUUAAUUUAACUUUAUUUUAUUAAAUAUAAUAUUUUAAUUA